CUCCGAGUCACAAUGAGGCGGAAGCUCAAGUUAUUUGAGAGAAUGUUCUCUCCGGUACGUCCGCUCACAUAUUACAGCAUCGAGCAGGAACCUCGGCGUGUCCCACACUGUGUGGAGAUGUUGGGGAAGCGAGGAGUGAAAGCGGACUUCGGAACAGGUCAGAACCAAUCGGACCAGAACGGAUGCUGAAGUUGCAUGGCUUUCUAUCAGUCCGCUUCCAGCAGAAACCGGGCUCAAAGUCUCGUGCGUAUUUAUGCCUUUUAAACAUUAAUAAUAAUAUCGCAUACUUCCUACAUAAUAGGCGAUUUCUUUUGUACAGAGAAACCACAGUGAUAAAACAUGGCAGUGCCUAAUAUGGUGUUUUCGGACGUUGAAACUUUCCUGGAUAACCACCCCGAAUUGUUUGAGGACUAUCUAAACAGAAAAGGGAAACCCAGCAUGGUAGAAAAAUGGCUCAAAAGCCACCAAGCGAACAAAACCCCUACGAAUUCCACCACGGAAGCGGAGAAAUCCCAUGCGUGUAAGGACAGCUGGGCGAGUAAGGGAGACGGGCUGCAGCGGAGAGCAUCACAGAAAGAACUGCGCAAAACUUUCGCUCGCUCCAAAGCCGUCAGCGCGAACAGGACGUACGACGAGCACGUGAACUCGCGAGCUCAGGAGCCGCUGACCAGCAUGCGGAGACGCGCUUUACUAAGGAAAGCCAGCUCCUUACCCCCAACUACAGCACACAUCCUGUCCGCGCUGCUCGAGUCGCGCGUCAACAUCCCACAGUACCCUUCCACAGCCGUGGACUUCAAAUAUUACCUCAAAGAGCACAACGAGCGCGAGUUCUUCCUGGAACUGGUGAAAGACAUCUCCAAUGACCUGGAUUUAACCAGCCUGAGCUACAAGAUUUUGGUGUUUGUGUGCAUCAUGGUGGAUGCUGAUCGCUGCUCGCUGUUCCUGGUGGAGGGCACUGCGAAUAAAAAGACUCUGGUGUCCAAAUUUUUUGACGUUCACGCCGGGACCACCGUCCUGCCAUCCCUGAGCAACUCGGAUGAAGUCCAGGUUCCGUGGGGGAAAGGGAUUAUAGGUUAUGUUGCUGAGCAUGGAGAGACUGUUAAUAUCCCCGACGCGUAUCAGGACCAUCGUUUCAGUGAUGAGAUUGAUAAGUUGACAGGUUAUAAGACCAAGUCACUGCUGUGCAUGCCCAUCCGGAGCAGUGAUGGAGAGAUCAUAGGAGUGGCACAGGCCAUCAACAAGAGUCCUAGCGGCGCACUGUUCACUGAGGAUGAUGAGAAGGUGUUGCAGAUGUACCUGCCCUUCUGUGGAAUCGCUAUCUCCAAUGCUCAGCUCUUUGCUGCGUCCAGAAAGGAGUAUGAUAGGAGCAGGGCUCUCUUAGAGGUAGUGAAUGAUUUGUUUGAGGAACAGACAGACCUGGAGAAGAUUGUGAGGAAGAUUAUGCAUCGUGCUCAAACCCUGCUCAAGUGUGAACGCUGCUCUGUACAGCUACUGGAGGACAUUGAGUCUCCGGUAGUGAAGUUUACUAAGUCCUUUGAGCUACUGUCACCAAAAUGUAGUGCAGACACAGAGAACAGCUUUAAGGACAGUAUGGAAAAGUCAUCCUAUUCAGACUGGCUGAUUAACAACAGUAUAGCUGAGCUGGUGGCCUCCACUGGUCUGCCGGUCAACAUUAGCGACGCCUACCAGGACCCCCGUUUCGACGCUGAGGCAGAUCAGUUUUCUGGGUUCCACAUCCGCUCUGUGCUGUGUGUGCCGAUUUGGAACAGCAACCACCAAAUAAUUGGCGUUGCACAGGUCCUAAACAGGUUGGAUGGGAAACCAUUUGAUGAUGCAGACCAGAGACUGUUUGAGGCAUUUGUGAUAUUCUGUGGACUGGGGAUCAAUAACACAAUAAUGUAUGAUCAGGUGAAGAAAUCUUGGGCCAAGCAGUCUGUGGCCCUGGAUGUGCUGUCGUAUCAUGCCACUUGCUCUAAGACAGAAGUGGACAAGUUUAAGGCAGCAAACAUCCCUCUGGUGUGUGAGCUGGGCAUUGAUAAGCUCUCCUUUGAUGACUUUUCUCUGGACGUGGAUGCCAUGAUAACUGCAGCACUGCGCAUGUUCAUGGAGCUUGGCAUGGUGCAGAAAUUCAAGAUAGACUAUGAGACUCUGUGUAGGUGGCUGUUGACUGUAAGGAAGAACUAUCGUAUGGUUCUGUACCACAACUGGAGACACGCGUUCAAUGUCUGCCAGUGCAUGUUCUCCAUGCUUACUACUGCGGGCUUCCAAGAGACCCUCUCAGAGUUGGAGACCUUAGCACUCAUUGUUGGCUGUGUGUGCCAUGAUUUGGACCACCGUGGAACCAACAAUGCAUUCCAGGCCAAGACAGGUUCUGCUCUAUCUCUCCUCUAUGGGACCUCAGCUACUAUGGAGCAUCACCACUUCAACCAUGCUGUCAUGAUUCUGCAGAGUGAAGGCCAUAAUAUAUUCUCCAAUUUGUCAUCCCGGGAUUAUGGAGACCUCAUGCAGCUGCUGAAACAGUCCAUCCUGGCUACAGAUCUCACACUGUACUUUGAGAACAGAAACCGUUUCUUUGAGCUGGUGAAUAAAGGGGAAUAUAACUGGAACGUUAAAGAACACAGAGAUAUGUUCAGAUCAAUGUUAAUGACUGCAUGUGAUUUGGGAGCUGUGACCAAGCCAUGGGAAAUUUCUCGCAAGGUAGCCGAGCUGGUCACCAGUGAGUUUUUCGAGCAGGGAGACAGAGAGAGAUCUGAACUGAAGCUGACUCCUUCUGCCAUCUUUGACCGGAACCGAAAAGACGAGUUGCCGGGUUUGCAGUUGGAAUGGAUUGAUGGUAUCUGUGCUCCACUGUACGAGGCUUUUGUAAAACUGAACCCUAAACUCCAGCCAAUGGUUGACAUGAUCCAGGCCAAUCGUGCCAUGUGGGAUGAGCUGCACCAGAAGCGCCAGCGCAGCCAAGAACUGGUGAAUCUCCCCAGCACUAGCUGUGAUGGUGAGAUUGGUGACAAUGACGUACCCAAAGCUGCGAGUUAGUUCCUGAUCACCACGCCACAUCAUGACCUCUGACCUCUAACCUGCAACCCAACCGCAGUGCUGUGCAUGUUGGGAGUUUUGGCUCUGCUGCGAGCUUCAAGCUGCUGGAGAAACGAUGGUGAUCUGAUCUCACCGUGCCCCUGCAGGCUGCAUGUAUGAACUCUCACCACUGGGUGCGAGAGUAACAGGCAGCUGUGACCGAGUGUUUUCUGUUUGAUGUUUUUCUUACUCGGAGAAGUCUCUGAGAAUAGUUCUAGACUCAGGAAGAGGCAGUGUCUCUAGAGCUAGAAUACUAAACAUAGAUGCUGUAUUGUUUUAACUGGCCUGCUGUAUUAUUACGGAUGGCUACGACUGAGCAUUGCCACAGCGGGUUUAUUAUUAUAGUAUAACCACUGAGUGUUGCUUUGAUUAUACUAAUGAAAACCUUUCAGGAGUGCAGGAUCCUCUAUUUUGUAUUGUACAUAUUUAAUUUGAGGUUAUUGUUUAUUGGAUUGUUAUAUAGCUUGAGAUAUAAUGUGGGUUUGGGCUCUGUUUUUCACCCUAUGUAAUUAUUAUUGGAUCAGAGGUUUGCUGAACUUAAAGGCUCAUGGCAAUGCUUGCAAUGCAGAUACAAUAGAGUGCCGCUAUUUGUGCCUUGGUUAAAAUCCUUCAUGAAAGAUGCAUGCGGUCUCCUUCCAGCUUCAUAAUUAUCUAGAGACUACGUUUUAUAUCAUUAAGAGUUGUGCAGCCGGUACGAUGUCGUAAAACUCCCUCUGGAUUUGUGAUGUUGCUGCUUGCGCCUAUUUUGGUUCCAUUAAUUAACUCAGGCGUGGUGUGAGAGGUCCAUGCAUUACCAUAGAGCAUUUACAUUAGCGCACUCAUCUAUAUUCACAAUUUACAUUAUUAGAGCUGAUCCAAGCAUUAGUCAUAUUACUUUGCAAACCGGGGUUCUGAAGUAGUGCACUAAAUUGCAGUCAUAUUGUUUUCACGAGCCCAAGCCGAUACAGGAAGUACACGUGCCUUUAUAAAUAUUAGUAAAUCACAUUGUCUUCAAGCUAACCAUGUUUUAUGACUUAGAACAUCCUGACAUCAGCAUUGACGACACUGAAACAUUUAGUUGAUUUGGUUUAAAUCCGCUUUCACUCCUUAUGACAGAUAUCCAGAAACAUCACAGUGUUUUAUAGUCUCUUCUAUACCUCUCCCAGGACUACUGUCGGAGUAAGAGCGGGACAGAAUGCAAAAAAAACCAAACGCAACUACUACUACUACAAUUUAGCUCAAGGUAAUGGGGAGGAAGAAUAAGCACAAGCGAAAUACUGGAUCAGCCUGACAAAAAUAAAUACAGAUCCAAUAACUGAGUUAAUGAACUCCGCUGCCCUUUGUGCCUGCUGCCAUAUGGCCACACAAUCAUCAUCCAUUCAUAGGUAACACUGCAGGUAAUGUCAUUCCACAUCAACUGCAGCUGUGUCUAAUCACCUAUCAGACUGUUAUUAGCUAACACAGCUGGACAUCCAGUGAGCAGAUCAAAAUUGACUUUACAUGACUUUAUACAAGUUUGUAGUUUUUACAAUCAAUUGACCUGGAUGGCUCCAGAACUAUAAAUGUGAAUUUGCACAUGAGAAUCCAUAAUAAUCACUGGUUUACGUUGCUAUAGAAACACCAGUCAAAAAGAGCAUCCUUCGGUCACACACAUUGGUAGCCACUGAAAAAUGACAAUGUUUCAUCCAUCAGCUUUUUUUCUUUUUUUUAAAUUACAACUACAAAAUCUCCUCAUUUCUUUUCUAUGUAAUUGCUCUGAAUUGUUUAUGCUGUAGCUGUUUUCCUGUGAUAUCUGGUCACAGAUUAAAAUUGUGUUAUGGCAUUGUGAAAGUGGAGACUGAGGCAUUGUAGUGCUCUUUGUGGCAUGGAUCUUCCUGCUCGUGGGGAAAUCAACAGAAAUAAAAUGCUAACUGACAAUGGGACAAAUUUAACUGCAUGAGGAAAUAACUGCUCUAGGUUUAGGGACUGAAGUGACAGUCCCUGAAGUUUAGGGACUUAAUGACCUUCUUCACUGACAUUUUCAUUAACGUUUUAAUGUGUGUGCAUGAAUAAUGAUAUUGCACCAUAGUGGGGAAAAUAGUGUGCAUUCUGUAAUUCUGUACACCCCCCCACACCUGCCCGGUCUGUUUUUUUGGGGGUAUUAUUAUCAUCAUUAUUAUUGGUAAAUUAUCAGUCAUCACAUUUUCAUUUCAGAUUUUGGUUUCUUUUUUAAGGGACAGUAAAAACUGAGGUGUCUUUAAAGCAUGUCAUUUGGAAAAGUGUACUGUUCAGUUCAAAUAAACGUGCUGCUAGUAAACAGGCCUUGUGUUGGUUAAAUGAGCAUCUGCUUGUGAGUGUUUUGAUUUGCUGCCCCACAGAGGAAAUACUCAAGUAAGAUGCAAAAAAAAAUCACUACACUGACCCCAUGUGGACAAAGAUUUUUACUGCACAGCAGAAUAGGUCUAUAGUCUAAUUCAGUGGUCACCAAUCCUCUUCCUUGAGAUCUACCGUCGUGCCGGUUUCAUCUCCAAUCAAAAUCGAACACGCCUGUUUUAGCUGAUCAAUAACUUCUUAAGGCAAUGAUUAGAAGUUCAGGAGGACAUGAUUAUGGUUGGAGCUAAAGUCUUCAGGAAGGUAGAUUCAAGA